GCCCACAAUUACAUAAGUUCAUUGAUGUUUUGUGAAGGUGCAGAGGUGCUCCACCAGAAGAUGGGCGUGUAAAUUGUAACAAAUAUUUAAAAAGUUGGGCCUUGAAUAUGGUUAUUUAUUACGUUUCUUUAGGUGUGCAUUCCACCGAUCGAGGUUGAAAUGGAAAGUACCUACGAUUUUAAUGUUGUUUAUUAUGUUUUUGUAAUUAACACAAAAUUUAGGAAACGAAAAUCGGAUACCAUUUUUGGGCCCUUAAACUGCAUUCGAUCCAAUUAACUGCGGUAAAGUGCCAUAUAUGACUAUUGCUUUAAACGUGUUAACCUUUUGCGGGUCAAUAGCGGCACAGAAUGCGGAUAGUAAUGUAAAAAAGAAAGAUGAAGAAUUUACGUGUCCCGAGGGACUGGGGAAUGGUAAUUAUGCCGAUCCUCAAACAUGCAGACGAUUUUAUCAGUGCGUGGAUGGUUACCCUUACCUUAACAGAUGUCCUUCGGGCCUACGUUUCGACGAUAUCUCCAAAUUUUGUACGUUCCCAAAUGAGGCGCGAUGCGGACCAAUAAUACCAACACCAGCACCGUCCACCGAACCGCCAAUUGACUUAGCAGUAAAGUGCAAUCCGGAGGAAUGCCUCUUGCCUGAAUGUUUCUGUUCCAAAGAUGGUACCAAUAUACCUGGAGACUUCACACCAUCGGAGAUUCCACAAAUGAUCUUACUUACAUUCGAUGGUGCAGUUAAUUUGAAUAACUACCACUACUACAAGAAAUUAUUCAAAAAAUACACCAAUCCCAAUGGAUGUCCCAUUAAGGGAACCUUUUACGUAGCCCACGAAUACAGCAAUUACCAGAUGAUACAAGAGUUGGCUAGUAGUUCACAUGAAAUAGGAACAGAGACAAUUUCAUUGCAAACCGGCUUGCAAGACAAAGGCUACGAGGAGUGGGUAGGUGAAAUGAUAGGAAUGCGCGAAAUUCUAAAGCACUUCGCAAACAUUUCCAAGAACGAAGUUGUGGGAAUGAGAGCGCCCUUUUUAAAACCGGGACGCAACACUCAGUACAUGGUUUUGGAGGACUUCGGUUACCUGUAUGAUAGUUCUGUCGGCGUACCUGUCUCACCGAUUCCAGUGUGGCCUUACACGUUGGAUUAUAAAAUUCCUCAUGAAUGCAAAUCUGGGACGUGUCCUACAAAAUCAUUCCCUGGUAUCUGGGAGAUUCCACUAAAUUCACAUUACGUCGAGACCUUUGAAGGUGGCCACUGCCCAUAUCUCGAUCAAUGUGUGUUGCAUAAUCACGAUGCAAAUGAGGUAUUUGAGUGGCUUCAAGAGGACUUUAGUAGGCAUUAUGAUCAAAAUAAGGCACCCUACAUGAUGCCCUUCCAUACUAAUUGGUUUUCCAUCAAAGCUCUAGAGGACGGCUUGCAUAAAUUUGUGAAUUGGACGCAGACUUUACCAGAUGUAUGGUUCGUUACCGCAACCCAAGCGCUAACGUGGAUUACAGAUCCUAAACCGUUAACUGAGCUCAACAAGUUCGAGGCGUGGGAUUGCAAAAAGAAAAAUGGAAACAUUCCCAAGACCCCCUGUUUAAGUCCCAAUAAAUGUGCCCUCAGUUUCAAACCAGACAACCAAAAUUUCACAGACACACGCUACUUAGAGACAUGUGUGGACUGUCCGAGUAAAUAUCCGUGGAUUGGUGAUGCUGAAGGUUCAGGUAUCGUUGGGAGAGAUAAUUACGUGCCAGAUAACGGCAGCAAAUAAAAUACAACUCCGAUAACUACAUUCAAGUAUAAUCGAAAAUCUGGCCAGUAGACCUAGGUAUACAGAAAUGUAGCAAAACAAAUGCUCGAUCUCACAAUCAACAACAAUAAAGUGAACAGGAAAAGUUGUACAGCAUAUUUUUUUGUUAUUAAUAAACUGUUUUUUAAUA